AUGAAAAAAGGGACCGUGAAGAAGGCUUUAGGGUUGUCAAAAUUCAGUGGUGAACUUAAGGGACUAGAUGCAGCCAUUGUUAAAGCAACAAGCUAUAAGCACGCAUUGCCAAAGGAAAAGCACAUUCGUACAAUUUUUCAUUCACUCUCUCCAUCAAAACCUCGGAGUGAGGUGAUUUACUGUAUAGAGGGUCUUUCAAAGCGUUUUAGCCAUACUCAUAAUUGGAGUGUUGCGAUGAAAUCACUUUUAGUGUUACAUCGUGCCAUAAGGGAACUUGACUCGUCAAUUUUUGAAGAGCUUCUGAACUAUCGCGACGCAAAAGGUUACAUCAUUGACUUCACACACUUUCAUGGAAAAUCGGUCCCAAGUGAUUUUUCUAUUUGGAUUCGUCAUUAUGCCCUCUACAUUGAAGAACGCAUACAAUGUUUCAAUGUAAUAAACUAUGACGCUGCAACAAAUAGCUCGGUUGCUGGUGAAAGUGUCAAAUUAUAUGUUGCAAUAACUGUUAGAGUGGUUGAAUUACUUGACAAGUUUUUCGAGAUGGAGAAUAAUGAUGCUCGUAGUUCACUUCGAAUUUAUAAAAAAUCAGGGAAUCAGGCAGAAAGGUUAUCUGAGUUCUUUGAAACUUGCAAAAGAUUAGAAUUUGGAAGGGGGAGAAAAUUCAUCAAUAUUAAAAUGCCUCCAGCUUCUUUUAUUGCUACCAUGGAGGAAUAUAUCAAGGAGGCUCCAAGCCCCUUAAUGCUUGAAAACAACAUGUCCGACAUCGACUAG